UGCCGUUUCCCAAAUCCCUUAAUCCAACGGCCCAAAAAAUUUCGAUCAAAUUCGGCGUAUUUAAUCAAUUGAUCACUUUACACGGAUCUUCAAAAGCUAAGAACUUUCCCCUUUCUGGGUUUACGCUUGUUCUUUUUGGUGGAUUGAUCGAAACAUCUCAUUCAUUUUUCACUUUCCAUCUUUGUAUAAUGGCAUCUUCUUCAGACCCAUGGGUUAAAGAAUACAAUGAAGCAGUAAAAAUUGCGGAUGAUAUCAAUGCCAUGAUAUCUGAAAGGAGUUACUUGCCUGCAUCGGGACCGGAAACUCAGCGUCAUGCAUCGGCUAUAAGAAGGAAGAUUACGAUUUUAGGGACUAGACUUGAUGGAUUGCAGUCCCUUUUGUCUAGACCAGCUGUGAAGCCCCUAACAGAAAAGGAGAUGAAUCGUCGCAAGGAUAUGAUUGCAAAUUUAAGAUCAAAAGCCAAUCAGAUGGCUUCUGCAUUCAACAUGUCAAACUUUGCUAAUAGAGACAGCUUGUUGGGGCCAGAAAUUAAGCCAGAUGCCAUGAGUAGAACAGCUGGUUUGGAUAAUUCCGGCCUUGUUGGUCUUCAACGACAAAUAAUGAAAGAGCAAGAUGAGGAUCUUGAGCAGUUGGAGGAGACUGUAGUAAGUACGAAGCAUAUUGCAUUGGCUGUCAAUGAAGAACUUGAUAUGCAAACCCGACUUAUUGACGACCUGGACUAUCAUGUGGAUGUUACCGAUUCUCGGCUGCGGAGGGUGCAGAAAAACCUUGCGAUUUUGACCAAGCGAACCGGAGGAGGUUGUUCUUGUAUGUGCAUGCUUUUAGCUGUGAUCGGGAUUGUGAUUCUGGUUGUUGCCAUAUAUCUACUCAUCAAAUACUUGUAAUACCAACGGACACUGAACCCACAAGCUCACCCUUUUGUCUUGUUUGUAUGGGUAGAAUUUGUUUUCAGCUUGAGAACUUUUUAUCGGCUUCC